AUGGCUCCAUAUGAUAGUGAUUCAUCCGGUGGUGAAGAAGGGGAUUACUUGGAAACCAAUGUUGUUCUUGGUUAUGCUGGGAAAGAAUCUCAGGAUGAUAUAAUCAGUUACCUAGGUGGUGAGCCCACCUGGAUCGACCCUACCCUCCCUCCAUCCGCCGCCCUUGCAAGAUGCAAAGUCUGCAAUGACCUCAUGGUCCUGAUCCUCCAACUCAACGCCGAUCUCCCUUCUGACUUCCCCGAUCACGAACGCCGUCUCUAUAUCCUGACAUGUCGCCGUAAAACAUGUCGGAGAAAGGAAGGAAGUGUUCGCGCAUUGCGCGGUACACGAAUUCUUGCAUCUGCGAGUAAGCCAAAAUCAAGAGAACCCGAGAAAGAGAAGCCAAAACCAGAGCCUACAAAGCCAACAGUUAAUCUGGGAGAAACUCUAUUCGGAGGAGCUAAGGGAAACCCAUUCGCGGCGGGCUCGAAUCCUUUCUCCACGGCAUCGGGAGGAACAACAUAUUCGAAUCCUUUUGCAGCAGCCGGUCUACCCACCUCCGAACUCGCUGCCAAACCCCCUCAGAACCCUUCUCUAUCCCCCGAACCCACCUCUUCGGAAACCCAAAAAGACACUCUCCCCAAAACUUUUGCAUCCGCCCUCUCCCUCAAUAACAUCCAACCCAAACCUUCACCUCAAACCCCUCCACCCAACGAACCCUGGCCUACAACCGAUCUCCCGACCCCAUAUCCUCUCUUCUACCUCGUAGAUGCCGACUACGAGACCCUCGACAAAGAGCCCCUAGCUCCACCCCCACAAGCCACAAUCGUUGACGACACUCCCGACUCUUCGUCUGGAGGAAAAGAAGACAAGGAGAUCUUUGAAUCCGCCCACGAUACCACUUUCCAAAAAUUCGCCGAUCGUCUGUCCCAAAAUCCCGAACAAGUGAUUCGCUACGAAUUCCGCGGUUCUCCUUUACUCUACUCCAAAACCGAUUCUGUAGGAAAGAUAUUUGCGGAUGCUGGGAAGGGAAAUGAGAAGGUGAAAGUGGGUAGUGGAAGCGGGAAUUGGAAACUACCGCGCUGUGCGAACUGUGGAGCGGGGAGGGUAUUCGAGGUGCAGGUUACGCCGCAUGCGAUUAUGGAGUUAGAGAAAGAGGAAAGUGGUCUUGAUGGGAUGGACUGGGGAACUGUGGUCUUGGGCGUUUGUGAGAAGAAUUGUGUGCCUAACUGGGUAGAGAGUGGGAAGACGGGAUAUGUGGAGGAAUGGGCGGGAGUGCAGUGGGAAGAUUUGGGUGGUAAAAAAUAG